CGUUUGUCCCCUUGGGCCGUUGGGCCUGGGCUUUAGCUCCCUUUUGCUGUCGAUCUGACAAACUACACUUGACAGCCAUGUUGCUCUCCGGCCGCCACCACAAAUUCCCCCCUUCCUCACCGCCGGCCUCCUUCCGCUCCCCACACCUCCGCCGUCUCCGGCCGCUUCGGCCACCACCAACCCUUGCAUCCGCGAACCCUCCGCCGCCGCCAUCGCCACUACCUUCCCAUUUCCCGUCGCCAAGGCGUCCAUGGCGGUGGCGGCACAGCAGCCACGGCCCCGGCCCCGGCGCCGGCGACGUUGUCCAAGACCUUCCUCCGGUGGAAGCCGAGGGAAACUCCGCCGUAGGGGGGAAGAAGAGCUUCUGGGGAGCGGUGAGCCUCAUCAUCGGCACGGCGGUCGGGCCGGGCAUGCUGGGCCUGCCGUCCGCCACCAUCCGCUCCGGCCAGGCGCCCUCCGCGGCCGCCAUACUGCUGUCCUGGGUCUACGUCGUGUCCUCCAUCGUCCUCGUCGCCGAGCUCAGCUUCGCUGCCAUGGUGCGUGACGGCGUCGACGAGGUCAGCUUCACGGGACUUGCGUCGAGCACCCUGGGGGCGGGCCUUGGCGCGGUCGUCGCUGUCGUGUACGCCGCGCUCAGCUUCUCCCUGCUCGUCGCCUGCGUCGCCGGCAUCGGAUCGCUCGUCUCCCAGCUGUUCCCCGGGGUGAACCCGGUCCUGGCCAACGCCCUGUUCCCCUGCUUCGCCGGCGUCCUCAUCGCCUUCUUCCCCUUCAAGGCCGUUGACGGCGCCAACCGAGCCCUCUGUGGCCUGAUGCUAGUUUCGAUUACAGCUCUCGUGGUGACUGGCGUGUCCGUCGGCCGCACCAGCUUGCUGAGAUCUCUCAGCUAUGCUACCUGGAGUCCAGGAGCGAUCCUGCCGGCUAUACCGGUGACCGUGCUCACGCUGGGGUUUCAUGUCAUCACACCGUUCAUCUGCAAGAUUGUGGGGGACUCGGUGUAUGAUGCUCGGAAGGCGAUACUGAUUGGGGGCGCUGUGCCAUUGGCCAUGGUGCUGUCAUGGAAUGCCGUCAUUCUAGGGCUGGCUAGUGCUGGUGGCAAUGCUGGGUUUGAUGACCCUAUCAAGCUCCUUCUCUCAGUGAAUCCAGCUGCGCUGCCUGCUGUUCGAGGCUUUGCUUUUGCUGCACUGGCGACGAGCCUGAUAGGGUAUGCAGUGAGCUUUCCAAAGCAGUUGGCGGACACAGUGGAAUUGAUUCGUCAGAGGUUUUCUCAGAAGCAAGGAAGUGCGCACCAACCUAAUGCUAGCAGUGACAGAAAUGGGGCGAUUCUGACAUGGACGGUGCUGAUCAUUCCCAUCUUUAUUGCAUCGUUCUUCUCAGCAGCCUUCUCCAAGGCACUGGAUUUUGCUGGGGUUUAUGCAAACUGCUUCCUAUUUGGGAUUCUGCCUCCUGUUAUGGCCUGGAUCCAUCGGUCACAGAUGAAAAAGAGAUCUCCUGAUUCAUGUGAAGAUAUUUUGCCCGGUGGAAAUGCUGCUCUGAUGAUACUUUUCGUUAUUGCUGUGAUCCUAGCAAUCUGGCACUAGUAGAUGGUAAGCAGCACGUCAGGGUUGUUUCUUUGUCAGACCGUUCGUCAGUGAAUCGAAAGCACUAAAGGCGGCUAGAAACUUCAGCUUUUCAGUAUUCAUGGCAUCAUGUUUGAACUGCUCUCCGCGUAUCAUGAUUUUCUUCUUUAUUUGUUCCUCAGUUGAUUGCUAAUUAACUAUUUACCCAUUGAAAUUUCUCAGUUCUAAGAUUCUGGUGAAACCAAUUGUCUUUUUAUAUCAAGAUUGUAUCUUCACUUCUCAACUUUCAGUUGUUGGUGGGUUGGAAACUGUGCAAAAUGCAUAGUACCUCCAAGUGUUAUAUCACGCAAA